AUGAAGUAUUCUGGCUGUGCUCUGGUUUUGGCUGUCCUAGGAACAGAAUUGCUAGGGAGCUUGUGUUUGACUGUCAGAUCACCGAGGUUCCGAGGACGAAUACAGCAGGAACGGAAGAACAUUCGACCCAAUAUUAUCCUGGUGCUCACUGACGAUCAGGAUGUGGAACUGGGGUCCCUGCAAGUCAUGAACAAGACGAGGAGGAUUAUGGAACAUGGGGGAGCCACCUUCAUCAAUGCCUUCGUGACCACGCCUAUGUGCUGCCCAUCCCGGUCCUCCAUGCUCACUGGGAAGUAUGUGCACAACCACAAUGUCUACACCAACAAUGAGAACUGCUCCUCCCCAUCGUGGCAGGCGAUGCAUGAACCUCGGACAUUUGCUGUGUAUCUCAACAACACUGGCUACAGAACAGCCUUUUUUGGAAAAUACCUCAAUGAAUAUAAUGGCAGCUAUAUUCCUCCUGGGUGGCGAGAGUGGCUUGGAUUAAUAAAGAAUUCUCGUUUCUAUAAUUACACUGUUUGUCGCAAUGGCAUCAAAGAAAAGCAUGGAUUUGAUUAUGCAAAGGACUACUUCACAGACUUAAUCACUAACGAGAGCAUUAAUUACUUCAAAAUGUCUAAGAGAAUGUAUCCCCAUAGGCCCAUUAUGAUGGUGAUCAGCCAUGCUGCACCCCACGGCCCAGAGGACUCAGCCCCACAAUUUUCAAAACUGUACCCUAAUGCUUCGCAACACAUAACUCCUAGUUAUAACUAUGCACCAAAUAUGGAUAAACACUGGAUUAUGCAGUAUACCGGACCCAUGCUGCCCAUCCAUAUGGAAUUUACAAACGUUCUACAGCGCAAAAGACUCCAAACUCUGAUGUCAGUGGACGAUUCUGUGGAAAGGCUGUAUAAUAUGCUUGUGGAGACAGGGGAGCUGGAGAACACUUACAUAAUUUACACUGCCGACCACGGUUACCAUAUUGGACAGUUUGGACUGGUCAAAGGGAAAUCCAUGCCAUACGACUUUGAUAUCCGUGUGCCUUUCUUUAUUCGUGGUCCAAGUGUGGAACCGGGAUCAAUAGUCCCACAGAUUGUUCUGAACAUUGACCUGGCCCCUACUAUUCUGGAUAUUGCUGGGCUUGACACACCUCAUGACGUGGAUGGCAAGUCUGUCCUCAAACUCCUGGACUUGGAAAAGCCAGGUAACAGGUUUCGAACAAACAAGAAGGCCAAAAUUUGGCGUGAUACAUUCCUAGUGGAAAGAGGCAAAUUUCUCCGUAAGAAAGAAGAAUCCAGCAAGAAUAUCCAACAGUCAAACCACUUGCCUAAAUAUGAGCGGGUCAAAGAGCUCUGCCAACAGGCAAGGUACCAGACUGCCUGUGAGCAACCGGGACAGAAGUGGCAGUGCAUUGAGGACACAUCUGGCAAGCUGCGAAUUCACAAAUGUAAAGGCUCCAGUGACCUGCUCACUGUUCGGCAGAGCACACGAAACCUCUACUCUCGCGGCUUCCAUGGUAAAGACAAAGAGUGCACUUGUGCAGAGCAUGGGUAUCGUGCCAGCAGGACCCAGAGGAAAAACCAAAGGCAGUUCCUGAGGAACCAGGGGACUCCAAAGUACAAGCCCAGAUUUGUCCAUACUCGGCAGACACGUUCCUUGUCCGUCGAAUUUGAAGGUGAAAUAUAUGACAUAAACCUAGAGGAAGAAGAACUGCAAGUGUUACAACCAAGAGCCAUUGCCAAACGUCAUGACGAAGGCCGCCAGGGGCCAGGAGGUCUCCAGGCUGCUAGCAGUGCGAUGCUGGCAGACAGCAAUGCUGUGGGCUUACCCGCCACUGUCCGAGUGACACACAAAUGCUUUAUUCUUCCAAAUGAUACAAUCCAUUGUGAGAGAGAACUGUACCAAUCAGCCCGAGCCUGGAAGGACCAUAAGGCCUACAUAGAUAAAGAGAUUGAAGCUCUGCAAGAUAAAAUUAAGAAUUUAAGAGAAGUGAGAGGACACCUCAAAAGAAGAAAGCCUGAGGAAUGUGGCUGUAGUAAACAGAGCUAUUACAAUAAAGAGAAAGGGGUAAAAAAACAAGAGAAAUUGAAGAGCCAUCUUCAUCCAUUCAAGGAGGCUGCUCAAGAAGUAGACAGUAAACUUCAGCUUUUCAAGGAGAACCGUAGAAGGAAGAAGGAGAGGAAGGAGAAGAAACGCCAGCGGAAGGGGGAUGAGUGCAGUCUUCCCGGACUCACCUGCUUCACUCAUGACAACAACCACUGGCAGACGGCCCCCUUCUGGAACUUGGGAUCUUUCUGUGCUUGCACGAGUUCUAACAACAACACCUACUGGUGUUUGCGUACUGUUAAUGAGACGCAUAAUUUUCUUUUCUGCGAGUUUGCUACUGGCUUUUUGGAGUAUUUUGAUAUGAAUACAGACCCUUAUCAGCUCACAAAUACAGUCCACACAGUAGAACGGGGCAUUUUAAAUCAGCUACACAUACAGUUGAUGGAGCUCAGAAGCUGUCAAGGUUAUAAGCAGUGCAACCCAAAACCUAAGAGCCUGGAAGUUGGAAAUAAAGAAGGAGGAAGCUAUGACCUACACAGGCUCAUGACAUUUAUGGUCCUGAGACACAGCAGCCCCACAUCUAGCCGUUCCCUUAUAUCAGAUUAC